AUGUUAUCAGCUAACUUGAAUGAAGAUGAACAUUGUCAAAUUUGUGGAGAUUUAGCAUCGGGAUGGCAUUGUGGAGCAAUAACAUGUGAAGCAUGCAAAAAAUUCUUUCUACGCUCAAUUUCAACAAAUGAUGAAGAAAAGAAAAAAUAUAAAUGUCAAAAAAAUUUAAAUUGUUUAAUAACAAAACGUUCUCGAACACAAUGUCAAUAUUGUAGAUUACAAAAAUGUAUUUCUGUUGGAAUGAAAUCUAAUGAAACAAUUGAAUCAAAGAUAGAAGAUUUAUAUAAAAAAUUACCAUGUGUUAUUUGUAAUGCAUCAGCAUCAGGUAUUCAUUUUGGUGCUGUUACAUGUGAAGCUUGUAAAGGUUUUUUUCGUCGAUCAAUAAAAGAAAAUGCUCUUGAACAAUAUCAUUGUAUUGAAAAUAAUAAUUGUGAAAUUAUUUCAACAUCAAAAAUAACUUGUAGAGCAUGUAGAUUUCGAAAAUGUAUUCAAACUGGAAUGUCUAUGAAUGCUUCUCGUAUUGGUCGACAAUCAAAUCUUUUUAAAGAAAGUAUUCGACAAUUUCAAAAUAAUUCAACAUCAAUAGCAACUGUAAUAGAUUCAGUUCGUAUUGCAUCAAUGGCUAAAAAACGAAAGACUAAUAAUAAAAAUGACAAAAUAUUUGCAUCAAAUAAUGAAAUUGAUAUUGAACUUUCACCAACAAUAAAAACAUUUAUUGAAAAUGUUUAUAAUGCUUAUCUUGUUUAUUUAAAGGAUUUACCUAAAUGUAUUCCAUAUGAAACAGUUUGGUCGACAAUGGCAUCACAAAUGAUUAUUUAUGCUCAAGCAAUUAUGAAUUUUUGUCAAAAUUUUACAAAUAUGUCGAACAAAUAUGAAAUCAUUUCAUCAUCUAUCAAUUCUGUUAUUAUGAUAACAUUAUUACCUGAUAAAACAUUGAUGAAAUCUUCAUAUGAAAUUAUACAAUCAACAUGGAAUUAUUGGCAAGCUGAAUCAACAUUAUCAAUGGAAUUAAAUGCAUAUGUUCCACAAUUAACACAAGCGGAACAUUUAUUUCGUUCAUAUGAAUUAAAAUUACGAAAUCUUCAAUUGGAUGAAAAAGAAUUUUCUCUUCUUUUAUUAAUGAUUAUUACUCGGAAUAAUUUAAAUGUAAUCAAUGAAUCUAAUAAAUCAUGGUCAAAAUAUCAAUAUGAAUGUAUUCAAGCAUUUUGUGAAUAUACUCAAGCUCGUCGAUCGAAUAUCAAUCGAGAAUUUUCAAUUGAAAUUUAUGAUAUUAUAUUUUUGGUAUCUCAACUUCGUUCAUUAAAUCAUCAUAUAACUCAAUGUUUUAUCAAUCUUCCAUGGCCAUAUGUACGAAAUUUACCUUCAUUUUUUUAUCGUAUUUUUUUACCAAGUACAACAAAUAGAACAUCAAUAUUAAAUAGUAAUUAUGAUUCAUUAUCUUUGUCAUCUGUCAAGUCAUCAUUAAAUAGUAUUAAUCGUUAUGAUAUUGAGUUAUUUAGUGAUUGUUUAAAUAGUAAUUCAAUGGAUGUAAAUAUAUGUUAUGAUCUAUGUUGA